AACACGAACGAACUUUUCUACCCUUAGUUUAUCUUCGACCAGCAAUUAAAAAAACGGAUAUAAGUCUCGUAUGUUCUUCGUCCUAACAUCUACUGUUUUUGAAUUAGCAAUAGUCUGCUCGAAACACGAAAAAGAGAGUUUAAUAGAACUUGAUGCUUUAAACUGUCUAGAAUAGACACGCAGUUUAUACAGACAGAUCGUAAAAUUCUUUUACCUAAUUUCAUGUGUUAUGUAGUGAAUCGCGAUAAUAUCCAGAGGCAAUCACCUAUAAUAACUUAUAUGACAUCUAUGUUCGUAAAUUGUCAAGUUAUUUUUUAACGUGACGAAAUUUAUUAAAUUAAAAAAUUAUAAUAUUCAUGUGUAUAUUGUAUAUGUAAAGUCCAAUAUAAAUUUAUAAAAAAAUUAAACAAUAUUGAAUAAUUUUUUGCAUUUAAAUUUAAAUUAUAAAUAUCACUUUUUAUGCCAUUAAAGAAAAAUGUAUUAAUAAAAUUUUUUAGAAAAUAAUAGAUUGAACGAGAAAACACGUGUAAUGUCAUGUGAUUCAAAGCAUAGGAUAAAAAUUACGAUAUUGCUUAUUUAUAAACGCUUUUUUCUUAAAAAGCAAUCUUAUCCGACAUCUUUGCUAUCAUUGUAGGAACUCUAGUGCGCCAGCACACAGACGCCUUAUCGUAGAUAGACUUUUGCUACUGGUAUAUCGAGCGUUAUCUCUCGAUCGAUGAUCAGUAUCAGAAUGAUUGUCCCUUCAAACAUAACGUAAUACGAUUCUCGCAGUAGUUUGAUACAAUUAAGGAUUCGUGUAAAAUGUGUGUGAGACAUUUAUUGUAAAUCGCUUUAGAAAAAUUGCGAAAAAUGCAUGCUGAAAAUAAAGCAUUAAUUUAUUUAUUAUGCCGGGGACAUAAAUGUCUUAUGAAAUAAUUGAUAAACUUCGAGCUGCCGAUGUAUCGUUAUUCAUGCAGCAUGCAGCAUGAUCUAUCGUUAUUUAUGCAGUUGCUAUUUUAAUUUUAUUGCUCUCGCGCUAAUAAGGCACUAAAAAAAUGAACAGACAACCGACUCUACCGGUGCUUUUCGUCUGCGGUGAGAUCGAGGAUAAUAACAUUGACAAAAAGGAAUCGCAAACGUGGUAUAGCGGGAUUUUUAAUAUCAUGUGCUGGCAUGUACGAAAGAAAUGGUGCGCUAAAAAUAGAAUGCAACUGGCUGAAUUAACUCCGCAACUAGUAACAUAUAGUAGGAAGGGGCCUCAAGAUUUCUGUAAUUAUUUAUUGACAGCCUCUAUUCCCAGUAUCGUGAAAGUACUAUUAGUAUUUAGAAAAGAUGAUCAACAAAUGGAUAUACUCGCUACUGCUGCAAGAAGAUUGGGUUGGAGCGUGUCGGUGGCAAAAAAUUUGGAGAAAGCGGUAGAACUUUUUCAAAAUCGUGCUCACGAAUUAGUGAUUAUUGAUCGUAGAGGACAUCAUGCGGACGAAGGCGAUGCUAUUUGUAGAGCAAUCAUAUCAAGUCCAGUUUACCACAAUUCUACCAUAAUAGCGCUUGUGAAGAAAUCAUAUUUCAUGCUCGAUGAAAAAGACGAUAUUGUGGCACUAAACUUGUUAGAAAAAGGCUUUAGUAGAGCAUUGUUGGAAUGUUCACAUGAAGGUAUAAUAAUAAACGAAUUAGUAGGGAUAUAUACUAGCUCAUUAUUGCCGAGAACACAACUCUCAGCAGCGCAUGCAUUGUAUUUGGCACUUGAUAGGUGUCGCGAUAUGGUGCAUGUGACUAAUGAUAAAAACAUUAUACAGUUUCAAAAUAAAAUCAGCGAAAAAUUGUUAGGAUAUAAAACAGAGGAAAUGAUGGGGAGAAAUCUCUCGGAGAUAAUCUAUUACGAAAAUUUUCCUCUUAUAAAGCAGCAAUUGAGUAAAGGCCGGGAAUUCGAAGGAAAUAUGAAUUGCAGGAGAAAAAACAAUCAAAUGAUUACGAUUAAUUGCAGGAUAAUUCCGUUUUGUACUACGUUAAAAAAACCGACUCAUUACAUAUACGUAUACGACACUACGUAUCUAUCAGACAACUCAGCGCCGAUAAGCCCUGUUGGUGGCCCAUCGCAUACUCCGUUCAGACCAAGCGUAUUAAAUACGCGAAAACCCUCGGAUGUCAGAUCUAGUAUAAGUGAAGGCCGCAGGCGAUCUAGUUUGCAAAAAUUGCAUACUUUGCAACUAGAAGCUCCUAUCACUAAAGUCAUUACGCUACUUUCAAAUGCAGCUGCUGAUACUAACUCGGAAACAGCGGCGCAGAUCGAUAAAGCGAUCAAUAUCUUAAAGACGACGGAACUUUACGUGCCGCAUCUUAAAGAGGAUAGAGCGACGUACAGUGAUCCAGUCGUGACGGAUCUCGUUGGCGCGUUACUUGCUUCUCCGCGCGCAGCAUGGGAGUCCAGAAGAUCAUCGACAGAUUCCGCGAAAUUAUCCACUGUCAAAGUUAUCCCGAGUCCAGCCAAUUCGCGUGUACAGAUGAAGAAUUUCCGGGGGCCGCAAGAAAUUGCAGAGAUACUUGAUAAGAGUCUCGACUGGAAUUUUGAGAUAUUUAAACUUGAAAUGCUGACAGAGAAGAGGCCGCUUGUUUUUUUGGGAUUGACAAUCAUGAAUUUGUAUCAAGUGCCCGCGAAAUUAAAUUGCGAUGAGAAAACUCUGCAAAACUGGCUAGCCAUUAUCGAGCACAAUUAUAACUCGGACAAUAGCUAUCAUAAUUCAACGCAUGCGGCCGACGUUUUGCAAGCAACUGCGAGAUUUAUGCAAUCGGAGAGACUUAAGGAAAUUUUGGAGCCUUUAGACGAAGUUGCUGCUUUAAUCGCCGCGGCUGCGCACGAUAUUGAUCAUCCUGGACGAUCCAGUCAAUUCCUUUGCAACGCCAAUAAUCGCUUGGCAAUACUCUACAAUGAUCUGUCAGUUCUCGAGUCACAUCACGCAGCCUUAACAUUUAAACUGUCAUUAUCUGACGAUAAUGUAAAUAUUUUUAAGAAUUUGGAUCAAGACGCAUACAAACAAUUGCGACAAAAUGUCAUUGACAUGAUUCUGGCAACCGAAAUGACGAAGCAUUUCGAGCAUCUGGCGAAGUUCAUGAAUUUCUGCAGUACGAGAAUCAACGACGAACAGGAGACUUAUUCAGAUUCUCUAGAUAUGUCCGUAGUAUUGCAACCAGAUAACGUAAUAUUGGUUAAAAGAAUGAUGAUCAAAUGCGCGGACGUAUCUAAUCCAACGCGACCGUUAAAGUGUUGCGUUGAAUGGGCGAGACGAAUCGCCGAGGAAUAUUUUAGCCAGACCGAUGAAGAGAAAAAAUUAAAGAUGCCAGUCGUAAUGCCGAUGUUCGAUAGAAUGACGUGUUCAAUACCAAAAUCGCAAAUUGGUUUCGUCGAUUAUAUUAUCAACGAUAUGAUCGAGGCUUGGGAUGUGUUUAUUGACAUGCCGGAGAUGGUAGGCUAUAUGCGGCGCAACUACGACAAAUGGAAAAAAUAUAAUGAACAGGGUAUAUCUACUUUGCAGGAUGUUGAGAAGCUACAACAACAUCCCGACAUGCAAAUACCGUGAUCAUCUUAAUGAAAAGCACGUCGUUUUGCUUUUCGUUAUAUUACGCUACGAUUAUUGCAAAAAACACACAUGUAUAGCAUUCAUAUAUUUAAAGAUAGAAUAGCGAUAUGUUAUAUAUACGCUUUCAAAUAAUUUUUACGAAAAUAUGUGUAAUUCAUCGUUUUUCUCAGACAUGUCUCUCACACCUAACAUAUUUUCCUUAUUUAUAUAUAACUCAAUUUUCCUCAAUGACACUUGCCCUAUUACUAUUUUAAACAUACGUGACGCACAUUAGCAAGAUAUGUAUAGUAUAAGAAAAGAAAUACCUUUUUACAUGUAGCUUCCGCGACUGUGUUACUUCGAAUGAGAUCUUUGCUGCGUUCGGUGUAUGCUGAUCAUUAAAUUAUACAUCUGGGAGCAGCUAGUAAUUAAAUAAGAAUUUCCAAGGACAUUGUGCAUUUGAAUCAUUUGCGACCUUCUCAGCCAGAACUUAAUACCUCUUCUAAUUUUAUCUGCGUUAAACUUCGACGAUAUAGUGGCUAUUUUGGAAGGAUUGGUAUAAUAAUUUAAAUUGAAAAAGAUUCACACACUAAUGUAUAUCGGAUUCCACUUUAUUGUUUCUCUCUUAGCCAAAAAAUGGUAUCGGGCCUAUAUCUAUGCGCUGCAUAAAUACAAAAUUAAAUAAAGUCAGAUAUAAAGUAAGUAUAAGCCAUAUCAAGAUGGAAUUUCGCGCAAUUUAGUCAACGGACCAUAUAUGAUUUCGAUUAUUUCGGGCAAAUUACAAAUUUUUCAUUUUUAAUACAAAAAAUAUACGCAUUCGCUCUCUCAAUCUAAGAUUUCUCUGACAUAACAUUUUUGCAUCUAAAAAUAAUAAUUUUGUUUAAUGCUGUUAUAAACCGAGGAAAAUCGGUAUAAUAACAUCAAUAGUCCAUCGAGUUACAAGCAUCGGCCUAACGGAUGAUUACGCAUUCGUCAUAAAGAUUCUUAUGUAUGUUGAUAUAUUAUAUAUACACGUACGUUUUACAUCAUAAUAUACUCCCUACGGGACACGCACGAGUAAUCAUGGUCGUUUUAUCCAGUAAGUAUCAAUAUUUAAUUUUUAUCCCUAGACAAAGAGACAAUCAGAGUAUCGAGUCAUUUUUAGAGUUUUUUAUCUGAAGUCUGACACGUAAACAUGGAACAUUUCACAAUAUUUCGGAAUAAAGAUAGAGAGAUAAGAGAAUCUCUUAAGAUAUAAGAUUCUUGUCUGAAAUUUAUCGAUUAAUUAUUAUUGUUCGUUGGAUGUGGUAUCGAGUGACAAAUAGUUACGCGCGGUAAGUAGUACCGAGCGGUAUAAGUAGAUAAAGUAAUAACUUAAUUACGAGCUUAUCAUUACUACUAUAAUGCCACAUAAUAUGAUUCGUCCGAAGAGCUAAGAAUUACGCUUAAAAUUAGAUUACUCGCGUUUCCUCCCGAUACACUUGCCACAAGUGCUUCGUCAAAUCUAUGAUAUGAAAUUGCGCUUCGCUUUUAGAUAUCUCGAAUAAAUAACUUUUCAAAAUCAAAAUUUACCAUAUCAAUAACUAUUUGUUUUAAAGUCUGAAAUUCUUUCGAUUUUGAUCAGUGAGAUAUUUCGAUAAUGAUCAUCCAGCUGGGAUAUAUCGUAGAGAUAUUUUUGUUUGCGUGACUUAAAAAUGCGAGUGCAUAUUUUUAGACGAGACGUGGAUCAGGAGCUAUUUUCGCACUCAAGAUUGUUUUAUUAGCACUUGCCGCUAGUAGAUGGAAUUCGCGGAGUAACGAAGUAGUCUAGUAUGCAACAUUUUUAUACUUAAGUAUAUUACCCUUAACAUUAAUAGUGCAUACAUGUAAGUUUUACAUUUUAUUUUAUUUUUUUUUUUUUUUUGGCGACGUGCACGUCAUUUUUUAUAAUUGUUUUCUAGUUGACUUUACGCCUUUCCCCUAUAGGGGAAAGUUUAUCAAUCAAGCUUAUAUAAUCCGCGCGUAGCAAUCCGCUUAAAUCGCCGUCUCUAUUGAUUGUGGUUCAUUGUUCAUCGUUCAGAAUUAUGUCGCGAAGCGAUGCACGUAAAACUCGUCUAUUUCUCGUGCGGACAAAAUGUGCUCGCGAAAUUAUCGAUCAAAAUGAAUUAAAUCUGAAGAAUCCAAAGGUACUGACGGCUCGAUAAGAUCUAUACGAGAAUCUACAUCGUUAACUGUCGCGCAAAGCUAACAUCGGUGUUAAUCAUACAACUUUCUUCAUACAUAUAUAUGUAUAUUAUAUAUUAAAAUAUUAAACGUGAAAGAAGCAAAUCGAAGGAAAUGUAUCUCAAGAAAAAAAAAAAAA